AUGGUCUCCGCAUCAUUCAAGCCCCACGUUCCAUUUCUAUUCACCCAGUUAUUACUAUCCUUCUCUACCGUCAUCCAUGGACGGAAGAACUGUUCACCGCAAUCAUGCAAAGUCAUCCCCGGAGAUGCUAACUGGCCAUCGCAGGCCUCUUGGGCCCGCUUUAAUGAAUCGCUUGGAGGAGGACUGCUUCAACCAGCUCCACCAGGAGCUGUCUGUCAUCAGGGACAGCGAACCUACGACCCAGACCAAUGCCCAGUCGUCGUCGACGGAUGGUCAAGCUACGAGUUCCACGCAGAGCACCCCACCUCCUCCCAAUGGAACCAGUUCAGCAAUGACUCCUGUCUUCCUGACCCAAGUUAUCCGUGCGACGCUUCAGGAUAUCCUACAUUCGUCGUGAAUGCCACCGAGACCAAGCACGUCCAGGCCGCCGUCAAUUUUGCCCGCAAAAACAAUGUGCGCCUCAUUGUCAAAGCCACGGGCCAUGACUUCCUGGGACGGUCCAUCGCCCCUAACUCUCUCUCUAUCUGGACCCACAACAUGAAGGGUCUGGAGUACCACGAUGGAUCGUUCCAGCCACGGGGGUGCGAUGAGGCUAUCAAGUCCAAUGCCGUGACAGCUCGCGCCGGCACCCAGAUGAUCGACGUGCAGACCUUCCUCUCUUCGAGGAACCAGGUCGUCGUGGGCGGUAACUCGAAGAGCGUCGGUGUUGGUGGCUACCUGACGGGUGGAGGCCACUCGAUUCUCGGCCCCCAGCACGGACUUGCGGUGGACCAUGUGCUCGAAGUGGAGCUUGUCACUCCAGAUGGGGAGGUUGUUGUUGCUAAUGAGUGUCAGAAUGAGGAUCUCUUCUGGGCUGCCCGCGGUGGCGGCGGUUCAACCUUUGGCGUCGUUACCUCCGUCACGCUGGAAACCAUCCCCAGUCCCCCAGUAGUCCACCUCACCCUUGCCCUCUUCGCCCUCCCCGACACCCCUCAGCUCGCCGAAUACCAAGCCUUCAUCCUCUCCAAAUUUCCUUCCUGGGCCGAAGCCGGCGUAGGCGCCUACAUCUUCAUCGCCAACAACAUCCCCAACACCUAUUUCCCCGGACCCCCCGACUUCCUCAGCGGCCUCAUGGGCCUCGCCCUCCUCCCCGGCGCUGUCAACGCAUCCGAGAUCUACGCCAUCCUCUACCCGGCCAUCGAAGAAGCGAAGAUUCGCUUUCCCAACACGAACGUCACCGUGGUCGCGCAGCCAGAGACUUUCGAUUCGUUCCAAGGCUGGUGGGAGAAGUACUUUGACUCCGGCGAUGCGGGUUACAGCUCGUAUUUAUCCUCUCGUCUCUUCGAUAAUGAAACUCUUUCGGAUGUGGACUCGGUCUCCGCCACCUUGAAGGAGUACCUUCAGCCUUCUGGCAUGGUGCUAACCCAUCUUGUUGCCGGUAAGGGGGUGAGGGAGGCUAAACCGAGGGGCGGAGGCACCUCUGUUAAUCCUGCGUGGCGGAAGUCGUAUGUCCACCUCGUGAGGGGUCAGACCUUUGAGUCGCACAAUGAGACGGCGAGGAUUGAGGCGAAAGAGGCUGUUGAGAGGAGUAGCAAGAUCUUGGCGGCGCUUUCUCCUAAUACUGGCGCGUACUUGAACGAGGCAUCCAUCUUUGAAGAGGAUUGGCAACACACGUUCUGGGGCGACAACUACGAGCGUCUGCUCAAGAUUAAGCGUCGAGUCGAUCCAAAGAAUGUGUUUGUGUGCCAUCCUUGCGUCGGCAGCGAGGGCUGGGAGGAAGUCAACGGAAGACUAUGCAAGGUCUAA